UGCAGAGAGACAGACAGAGAGCCCGCAGAGAGACAGACAGAGAGCCUGCAGAGAGACAGACAGAGAGCCCGCAGAGAGCCCGCAGAGAGACAGACAGAGAGCCUGCAGAGAGACAGACAGAGAGCCUGCAGAGAGACAGACAGAGAGCCUGCAGAGAGACAGACAGAGAGCCUGCAGAGAGACAGACAGAGAGCCUGCAGAGAGACAUCAGUGAAAAAGACAGAUAUGGAUCAGCUACUGCUGCUGCUGCUGCUGCUGUCAAGCUCCGAGUCUGAUGUGGUUACGUUGGUGGGAGGAGAGAGUCACUGUGCAGGAGCUCUAGAGCUGAAACAUCAGGGAGACUGGAGACCAGUGGAAGAGUAUUAUUCUUUCUGGACCCUGAAGGCAGCUGACGUUGUCUGCAGACAGCUCGACUGUGGCUCUGCUGUUUCUGUAGGACGGAGAGAGGAGUCCUCAGAGAGAUCUGUGUGGAGGAUCAGAUCUGACUGUGUUCAGUCUCGAUCUGCUCUGAGGGAGUGUGCAGCAUCAGAUUCCUCUCCCUUCACCCUGAAUCUCACCUGCUUAGACUCUGUCAGGCUACUGGGUGGUACUGGUCUGUGCUCAGGCAGACUGGAGGUGAAGUCUAACCAGUCCAACCCGUCGUGGUCCUCAGUAUGUGAGGCUGACUUUGACCAGCAGGAUGCAGAGGUGGUCUGCAGGCAGCUCGGCUGUGGGGCUCCUUCACUCCUCCAGGGGGCGCCCUAUGGAGAAGUGGAGGCUCCAACGUGGACCAAAGAGUUCCAGUGUGGAGGCCAUGAGUCUGCUCUCCUGGACUGUAGAAGCUCAGGCUCAGAUAGAAACACCUGCUCACCUGGCAGAGCUGUUAGCCUCACCUGCUCCGAGCCUGUUGGCGUUAGGUUGGUGGGAGGAGAGAGACGCUGUGCAGGAGCUCUGGAGCUGAAACAUCAGGGACACUGGAGACCAGUAGGGGACUAUGACAAUCGCUUCACCCUGAACACAGCUGAUGUUGUCUGCAGACAGCUCGACUGUGGCUCUGCUGUUUCUGAAAGAUGGAGAAAGGAGUCCUCAGAGAGAUCUGUGUGGUGGAUCAGAUCUGACUGUGUUCAGUCUGGAUCUGCUCUGAGGGAGUGUGCAGCAUCAUAUUCCUCUCCCAUCACCCUGGAGCUCACCUGCUUAGACUCUGUCAGGCUGCUGGGUGGAACUGGUCUGUGCUCAGGCAGACUGGAGGUGAAGUCUAACCAGUCCAACUCGUCGUGGUCCUCAGUGUGUGAGGCUGACUUUGACCAGCAGGAUGCAGAGGUGGUCUGCAGGCAGCUCGGCUGUGGGGCUCCUUCACUCCUCCAGGGGGCGCUCUAUGGAGAAGUGGAGGCUCCAACGUGGACCAAAGAGUUCCAGUGUGGAGGCCAUGAGUCUGCUCUCCUGGACUGUAGAAGCUCAGGCUCAGAUAGAAACACCUGCUCACCUGGCAGAGUUGUUAGCCUCACCUGCUCCGAGCCUGGUGUCAGGUUGGUGGGAGGAGAGAGACGCUGUGCAGGAGCUCUGGAGCUGAAACAUCAGGGACACUGGAGACCAGUGGUGGGCUUUUACUCUCUCUGGACCCUGAAGGCAGCUGAUGUUGCCUGCAGACAGCUCUACUGUGGCUCUGCUGUUUUUAUAGGAGAGAGAAAGGGGUCCUCAGGGAGAUCUGUGUGGAGGAUCAGAUCUGACUGUGUUCAGUCUGGAUCUGCUCUGAGGGAGUGCUGUGCAGCAUCAGGUUUCUCUUCCUACUUCCUAAAUCUCACUUGCUCAGAUCUGCUGCUUCAGCCCAACAUCUCUGUGUCCUCCUCCGUGGACGGGGUCCCCGGGGCCCAACAGCAGGGGUUCCAGGUGUUUAGACGCUCCACCUUCACCAUCAGCUGCUCCAUCCAGCCUCAGUACCCAGGAGGCUCGUUCCAGCUCAUCUUCACCUCCUCCAACUCAGCGAACAACUACGACUCAAAGCCAGCUGACAAUCACUCUGCCCACUUCCUGUUUCCUUCUGCAGAGUCCGCCCACCAAGGAAACUACAGCUGUCAGUAUCACCUCUCUGUGUUUUCUCAAGACUUCUCUUUUGAGAGCAGUCUGCUCUCCGUCACUGUCACAGAUCCAGCUCCUUUUUUCAUCCAAGCGGUCGUCCUGCCGCUGACUCUGCUGACUCUGCUGCUGGUGACCGUCGGCCUUUACUUCUACUGCAAGGCCACCAGGGGGCAGAAGGCGUGCCGACAGGAAGACAUUGAGCUAGAUUAUUAUAACCUGGGUCUUCCUGCAGCUGGAGAGGAAGGAGCUGAGGGAGCAGAGUUGCAGCUCCAUGGAGCUCCUCUCACACACGUUUAUCAGAUCUAAGGAGCUCCUCUCACACACGUUUAUCAGAUCCAAGGAGCUCCUCUCACACACAUGUUUAUCAGCUCCAUGGAGCUCCUCUCACACAUGUUUAUCAGCUCCAUGGAGCUCCUCUCACACACACGUUUAUCAGCUCCAUGGAGCUCCUCUCACACACAUGUUUAUCAGCUCCAUGGAGCUCCUCUCACACACACGUUUAUCAGCUCUUAUACCAGCCUUUAACCAACAUUAUUAAAUAUAGCUUAUUUUUGUUACUCUUUGUCACCAACAAUGUGUUAGUGCCUCAUGUUUCUGACUUCCUGUCAGCUCCAAGCCCAUUGGUUCCCACUGAAGAUGUAGAUCUUUAGAAUCAGUUCACAAGUUUGUUUUAUUUUGAAAAGUAAAAUCAGUGACUGCAGUCUGCAACCAACGAAACACCCGGCCGGUCACGGACAAGGUUGGCUUUAUGUAAUUAAGAAAUGUGCAUUUUUAUAAUUGAGGAUUGUACCUAUUUCCCAAGAUGUAUCCUAAUCAAGAAAUGUGCUUAUUUUAUAAGAAAUGUGGCUUUUCCAAAGAAUUCAGAUAACCUUUCUGUGAUUUAGGAUUUCUCCCUUGAAGUGGACAUCAGCUAAUUUUAUUAUUGUCCUGUGACGUGUGUUCAACUUCCAGGUUCAGGUUAUUUGUGUGUUCCUGUAGGUAGAUUUGGUUCCAUGUUAUCAUCCAACAGAAAAAACGGUUGUAGUUUUCUUUAACUGUUGCAUCAAGUUAUUCAUGAUCUGCAAUUUUGAAGAAGUGGAAAACUGUUUGAAUAUGUGUCCAUGGUAUGUUUAAUCCUGAGUUUAAACACAGGCAAAUAGCUGUCCAUGUCAGGCAGCACAAUCCAACGCUAUUAUUUUAUCAUCCAUGCACCAACAGAACAUUUGGAAAUCAACCAUUAAUCAGAGGUGGUGGAAGCACUUAGAACUUGUACUUCCAGUGAAGAAAAUUAAGUAUUUGAUCCCCUGCCGAUUUUUUUAGUUUGCCCACUUAGAAAGAAAUGAACAGUCUGUACUUUUAAUGGUAGGUUUAUUUUAACAGUGAGAGACAGAAUAUCAGAAAGAAAAUCCAGAAAUAUAAAUUUAAAAAAAAGAUAUAAACUGAUUUGCGUUUAAUGGUGGGAAAUACGUAUUUGAUCCCCUUGCAAAACAUGCCUCAGUACUUGGUGGAGAAAGCCUUGUUGGACAGCACAGAGGGCAGAUGCUUCUUGUAGUUGGUCACCAGGUUUGCUCACAUCUCAGGAGGGAUUUGGGUCCUCUCCUCUCUGCAGAUUCUCUCAAAAUCGUUAAAAAUUUGGAGGCUGAUGCUUGGCAACUGGAAGCUUCAGCUCCCUCCAAAGAUGUUCUUUGGGAUGAAUGUCCGGACCUGGUUAGGCCCCUCCAUCACCUUAAUGGGCUUCUUCUGUAGCCACUCCUCAGUUGCUUGGCCGUAUGUUUUGGGUCAUUUUCGUGCUGGAAGACCUAUCCAUGUCCCAUUUUCAGUGUCCUGGUUGAGGGAAGGAGGUUACCAGCCAAUAGUUUACGAUACAUGGCCCCCUCCGUCCUCCCCUCGAUGUGGUGAAUCGCUCUGUCCACUUAGCAGAGAAACCCCCCCAAAGCAUAAUGUUUCCAGCUCCCUGCUUGAUGCCAAAGAUCUUGAUUUUGGUCUCAUCUAACCACAUCACCUUCUCAGAAUCAUUCAGAGGAUCACCGGCAGACUCCAGACGGCCUGUACAUGUGCCUUCUUGAGCAGGGACUCUUACGGGCGCAGUGUGUUACUGUAAUUGUUUUCUUGGUGACUGUGGUCCCAGCUGACUUCAGAUCCUUAACAAGUCCCUCCUGUUUAGUUAUUGGCUGACCCCUCACCUUUCUCAUGAUCAUUGAUGCCCCAAGAGGCCAGAUCUUAGAUGGAGCCCCAGAUUGAGGGCGAUUGAUGGUCAUUUUGUGCUUCUUCGAUCUUCUAAUAAUCAAACCAGUUGUCUCUCUCUCACCAAGCUGCUUGCUGUUCUAUUCCAGCCUUGUGCUGGUCUACAAUCUUGUCCCUGAUGUCCUUAGACAUUAGUUCCACCAUGAUCACAAGAUGUCUCUGGUCUUGCCCUCGGUGGAGAGGUUGUAAUUCGAUUUAUGGACUGUGGAGCACUUUCUUAAAGCGAGAGGACUUAUUUAACCGGUCUGUGGGAGCCAGAAUUAUUUUUGUUUGCAAAGGGAUCAAAUACUAUUUCCCACAAUUAAUUAAACGCAACUUAAUUUAUAUCUUUUUGUAAUUUAUAUUUCUGGAUUUUCUUUUUGAUAUUCUGUCUCUCACUGUUGAAAUAAACCUACUAUUAAAAGUAUAGAUUUUUUAUUUCUUUGUAAGUGGGCAAACUAAAAAAAUCUGCAGGGGAUCAAAUACUUAUUGUCUUCACCGUAAGUAAAAGUAGAAGUACUCCAAUAUUGUACUUGAGUAAAAGUAGAAGUACCAGAGUGUAGGAAUACUCUGUUACAGUAAAAGUCCUGCAAUCAAAAUGUUACUCAAGUAAAAGUAGGAAAGUAAAAAAAGUGUAUUUAGGUGUCUCAUUCAGCCCCAUUGCUACAGGUGUAUAAAAUCAAGCACAGCCAGACAGUGCCUUUACAAACAUUUGUGUAAAAAUGGGUCUUUCUAGAGAGCUCACUUGAUUCGAACAUGGUACUGUAAUAGGAUGCCACCAUUGCAAAAAGUAAGUUUGUGAAAUGUCUUCUCUCCUAGAUAUUCCACGAUCAACUGUAAGUGGUAUUAUUGCAGAGUGGAAACGUUUAGGAAACUCAGCCACGAAGUGUCAGACCACGUAAAGUUACAGAGCGGGGUUGUCGUGUGCUGAGGCACAGAAUGUGUAAAAGUGGUCAAAGCUCUGCUGACUCGAUAACUGCAGAGUUUCAAACCAGCUCUGGCAUUCAUUUCAGCACUAGAACUGUGCUGGGAGCUUCAUGGCAUGGGUUUCAUGGCUGAGCAGCUGCAUGCAAGCCAUACAUCACCAAGCACAAUGCCAAGCGUGGGAUGGAGUGAUGUAAAGCACGCCGCCACUGGACUCUGGAGCAGUGGAAACGUGUGGAGUGACUAUGCGGCAGUCUGAUGGACGAGUCUGGGUUUGACGAAUGCCAGGAGAACGUUACCUGUCCGACUGCAUUGUGCCAACUGUACAGUUUGCUGGAGGAGGGAUAAUGCUAUGGGAUGUUUUCCUGGGGUUGGCCUCUGCCCCUUAUUUCCAAUGAAGCGGAUUCUUAAUGUCAUCUUACCAAGUCAUUCUGGACUAUUCUAUGCUUCCAACUUUUCUGGAAAUAGUUUGGGGAAGGCCCUUUUCUGUUCCAGGCAAGCAAGGUCCGUAAAGGCGAGGUUGGGUGAGUUUGGUGUGGAAGAACUGGACUGGCCCGCACAGAGCCCUGACCUCAACCCCACUGAACACUUUUGGGAUGAACUAGAACGGAGAGCCACGCCCUCACGUCCAAAAUCAGGGUCUGAGCUCACAAAUACUCUUCUGGAUGAAAGGGCAGAAGUUCCCACAGACUCACUCCAACAUCUUGCCGAAAGCCUUCCCAGAAGAGCGGAAGCUGUUACAGCUGCAAAGGGGGCACCAACUUUAUAUUAAUGCCUAAGAAUUUGGGAUGGGAUGUCAUAAAAGCUCAAGUAGGUGUAAUGUUUAGGUGUCCCAAUGCUUUUGUCUAUACAGUGUAUGGUUUGAUUAUAAUUAUUGAUCAUUAAAGUGUUCCCAGAGCUGGUAAAGGUG